GGCAGGAGUAGCGGCUGCAAGUUACCUGCGGCUUCGGCCAGACGCACGAUCGACUCUUCACGACGGCGAGGGCGAGUCGCAAAAACAACGACUGAUGGCAGGCCGACUAGUUAGCUUACUCUUCUUCGUUCUUCUCGUGUACCUAGCACGAUUGCUGCAGCGUAAUCGCGAGGCACUCAAGGCGUCUGCAUCGUCGUAAGUCUGCGCCCCUCGGGCCCGAUCCAGUUCCUCGCCCGUAAUCUUGGACAACCAAAGCCACCAAGAUGAUGAAGAUGAAGCAGCAGGGCCUGGUGGCCGAUCUCUUGCCCAACAUAAGGGUCAUGAAGUACUUCGGGCACUUCGUAUUCAAUUAUUACGACGAUAAUUCGUCCAAGUACUUGCACAAGAUAUUCUGCUGCGUGAACCUAUUCCUGCUGCUCUUGCAAUUCGCCCUGUGCGCGGUGAACCUGAUAAUCGAGAGCGGCGACGUGGACGACCUCACGGCCAACACGAUCACCCUACUCUUCUUCACGCACAGCAUCGUCAAGAUCGUCUACUUCGCCGUGAGGAGCAAGUACUUCUACAGAACGUGGGCGAUAUGGAACAACCCGAACUCCCAUCCGCUUUUCGCCGAGAGCAACGCCCGGUAUCACGCGAUCGCCUUGAAGAAGAUGCGACUGCUGCUCUUCUUGGUCGGCGGUACCACUGUGCUCAGCGCGAUAGCGUGGACCAUACUCACCUUCUUCGAGCACCCCAUUCGGACAGUUCUAGAUAAGGAAACAAAUGUGACCGAAAUCAUUCAGUUGCCGCAACUACUGCUCCGUUCCUACUAUCCGUUCGACGCCGGCAAGGGGAUUGCCCACAUACUGAUCCUCAUAUACCAGUUUUAUUGGGUGCUGUUUAUGCUUAUCGACGCGAACUCCAUGGACGUUCUCUUCUGCUCGUGGCUUCUGUUCGCUUGCGAACAACUGCAACACCUGAAACAGAUCAUGAAGCCCCUCAUGGAGCUGAGCGCGACUCUGGACACGGUGGUCCCGAAUAGUAGCGAACUCUUUAAGGCUGGCGCCACGGAACAUCUCCGCGAAACGGAGAGCAGCUCACCUCCUCCUCCGCCACCGCCCCAAAGCGACAACAUGCUGGAUCUCGAUCUUCGCAACAUAUACAGCAAUCGGCAGGAUUUCACCGCGACCUUCCGGCCGACAGCUGGUAUGACCUUCAACGGUGGCGUAGGUCCGAACGGGUUAACGAAGAAGCAAGAGAUGCUCGUGAGGAGCGCCAUCAAGUACUGGGUGGAGAGACACAAACAUAUUGUCAGGUUGGUCACCGCGGUUGGGGACGCGUACGGCUUUGCGCUUCUGCUCCACAUGUUGACGACGACCAUCACGUUGACGCUGCUUGCCUACCAAGCGACGAAGGUGAACGGUAUAAACGUAUACGCGGCCUCCACCAUCGGUUACAUACUCUACACGUUCGGCCAGGUCUUUCUGUUCUGCAUAUUUGGGAACCGUUUGAUAGAGGAGAGCACAUCUGUGAUGGAAGCCGCUUACUCUUGCCAUUGGUACGACGGAUCGGAGGAGGCCAAGACGUUCGUGCAAAUUGUGUGUCAACAGUGUCAAAAAGCGAUGUCAAUUUCGGGGGCGAAAUUCUUCACAGUGUCUUUAGAUCUCUUCGCAUCGGUAUUGGGAGCUGUAGUGACUUACUUCAUGGUGCUGGUACAACUGAAGUGAACAGGUGGCUCUGCGUGUUCUAAAUGCAAGCGCAGGGUCUCGCGUUGCGCACGGUUGCGCAGGACUACAUUUUGUAAAACGAUUUUUACGGGGGAUCAAACAUUCGACGUAUCGACGAGAUUCCCGCUGGAGGUGUCCCGUAUUUUUAUUGGCGCAUAGCAAUUUGUCCGAACUCUCGCAGCGUGGAAAAUCAUAGGAAGUCAUGCACUUCUCCAAACUAACGCUUCAAAUGAACAGAAAAGAAAAAUUAUCCUAACAAAAUUAACGUGUCGCUGGGACACAGAAAUUUUUCCCAUUUUUGCUUUCAGGUGAUGAUGAACGAAAUGAAAUGACGUUAUUUUUAAAGUAAAUAACGUUAUUUUAAUCGUUGGUCAUCCUUAACGAAUGAGCAAUGAAAAUUGAGAAGGUCGUCCAUUGAUACUCGAUGUGACAGUCUAAACGAGUAACUCCGUAUGAUUUUCCACUCGUCGUGUUAUCGGUGAAAGUGAUAUAACGCUAACGUAAGCACUAGUCGCGACUCAUUUUCACGUGUACUAAUUUGACGUAAGUCGUAAUGCUUGGGGAAGAUAUACGCUAAUGUCGUUCGCGUGGUGUAUCGUGGCGGCUUUUGGCGCCGACUGUUCGCGCGUCGUAUGAUCGACACAACGGACCACGUAUUAUUAAUGAAUUACUAUCUCUGCUUACACAGCAUCGUUCAAUGAUCUCGCGUUGUUACGUUCUUGGUCACCGUAUACUUCGAAUGAAAGUCGCUUACGAUCCGAUUACCACUCGAGACUCGACUCGAGAGACUUCUCAACGCGAGAUGAAGCAGCGCGUGUACAUUAAUGUGAUUAAGCGUUAGAAUGACGUAAUGUAAAUAAGGCGAUUAUAUUUUUUGUAAUAUGGUGACGCCCUGGACUUAUAUAAUAUCGGAUUAUGACAGUGGCACGCUUUAACGUCAUAUACGCAACGCUUCGUAGUUUCUGUUGUUGAUCGAUUAUCAUAUAUGUAAGAGAAAAAUUAUAUAUUAUUUUCACGAAAUCUCCGCGCUCGCGAUUGCGAGCCAGAUCGGGCGAGGGCUGUUGGAUGUCGUUUUGAUUUCGUCUGGUGCGUCAGCCGCAAAGCGCGAAUUAAUUUUCCGAAAAUUGACUUCUUUCUGUCUCUCACAGCCUCUUAUUAUUAACGACUUUAGCCCCUCCACACCACGAUUUAUCGUAGAAAAUACGUUCCGCACACAGUACAACGAUUUAUUGAUCUCCGUAUUUGUUAUGUCGUACUCUUAACCCUCCGAGAUAGAGGGAUAGGCGCGCACGGAUAUCACGUUAACCGAGCCAUUGACUUUGCUUCUUAUCGCACGCCUGCUGGAGGGUUAAGCGGAAAAAAAAAGUCGGUCAACACGUAGCGAUUAAGGAGAGAUACGUAGCUGCGUAAGUUCAUCGCGGGAGGAAGACAAAACUCUCUGUCGCUCUAAUGGUGGGUGAGGAGUGAAAGGAAUGAGGAAAUUCGCCCGCCCCGCUCCGUCGACGGGCGCGUUACGACGGAAUUAAUUUGAUAUCACAAAUCACGUCAAUUACUACAUGGUACAAUUUUGUGGGGUGGGCAAUACGUAUACCUAAUGUACCUCAUUUUUUACAAUUCGUAAUAUCUCUCGGUGUCUUUAGUAGUAUUUAAUUUUGUCACUUAUAUAAAGUGUCCAGCAGAGGAUGUUUGCACGUGCAUGGCUGCUCAUUCUCUCUCUCUCUCUCUCUCUCUCUCUCUCUCUCUCUCUCUCUCUCUCUCUCUCUCUGUCUCUCUCGUCUGCCCGUUAUAUUAUAGAUAUUAUUAUAUUAUAGAUAUAUUAUAGAUAUUAUUAUAUUAUAGAUAUUAUUAUAUCUGUAUUAUAUCGACGCAGAUAUCGUUUCUCACGAAGCGUGAUACGUCUCGCGGAAUAUGUUAGCGAUAUAUACGUUGAGAACGCAAGACAGCAACGUGUCGCUGUUCGAAACGGAUACGACGAGGUGUCUGACGAUAUCGGUGGUCGAUCUACUUCGGCUCUAAUUGAACGUGUACAAUUAACGUAUGUGUAUAUUGAUUCAAAUUUAAUCGACAUAACAGUCACAGUAUUAUCAAAUAGUUUUUCUCUGUGUAAAGCUGUACUAUAUUUAUUUAAUAAAAUCUUGAUAUAUAAACGUUCA